AACAACACGACCGCGUUUUAGAUUAGGGUUGUCGUUGUCUCUCUCUAGCUUCUCCAAAGUUCCUCCGUUGGACGAUCUUUCAUCUUCAUCAUCCGGGACGAGGCAGUAACCGAUUCCCCCUCAUUAAGCCCUCCUUAAUCAAUCACACAUGAUCUCCAUUCAAUGCGACCCUGGAGAGUGCAAGACGGUGGAGUCUCUACUAUAAAAAGAACCAGCCACUCCUCCUUCACCGUUGAAGUCCACUUGCUCCGCUUUACGUCCGCCGAGGUAGAGAACAAGUCGGGCGUUUUUCUAACAAAUUGGAGGUCCAUCUGCACCGAUUCUGGGAACCCAGAAAGGAAGAGAGCUUAUGGGCCUGACAUGCUCUUCCUUAACGAGAAGCCACGGUUUACGCCCACUCACAGUUCUGUUAACUCCCACCGUCUGAAGAAGUACAAACACCUGGUCAGUGAAGGUUACUUUGUUCGAUGUAGACAUGGCCCUUUAGUUAUACAUUCUCUUUCUUGGUUGCAAGUAGUGAGCUUUGUUUUAUUGAGUUUUUAUCUUAUGUGUGAAUUUGGCUUAUGGAGUAUCGUGCUAAGUUGGAUGAGAAGCUCAAGUUGACCGAAUCCAUUAUCCCAAGCAAAUUAUUGCUCGGUGAAUUCUUCCUUGCUUGAUUAUGUUACACCUUAUAUUUUUUUAUACUAAAAUAACACAAAACAACCCUGUUGCUGUCUUCCUGAUAUUCUUAUAUUCUGUUCUAGAAUUUAUAUGUGCCCUUUGAUUAAAAUGUAGCUAAUACUCUACAUGAUAUGCAGAUAUGGAAGGCGGAUGAGAGAGAGAGGCUGAAGAGAAUAUGUAGGAACAUAUAGAGAGAGAUAACGUUGCGGGUAGAGAAGAGAAGAUCCAGAAAACGUGCGGAUCAGAAACAGAGACAGAGAGACACCAUUUGUUGGCCGAGUUAUCUUGAGAAGAAAAAAGAGAGGCUCAAAAGAUACCAAUGAAUUAUCAACAAAAUCCUAAGGAUGAUAGAUAGAUAGGUACUGCAAAUGAGAGAUUAUUUUACGUAUUGCAGGGAGAAUGGUAAGGUAAUAGAGUGAGAUUUGAUUGUGUUCUUAGUUUUGGUUUACUGAUUUCAGAAACUUAUGAUAUUGAUUCUAUGUAUUGAUUCUUCCUGCAAUACAUUUCUUUUGGGUAUGAUACACAAAUGUAAAAACAGAUUAUUCCUGCAAUUACGUAUUGAUUAUUCCUGCCA